AUGCAUUACCUCAUGGAGGGCCUCGAGGCUGCUGAGUUGUACCGGAAAGCGUCUGAGGCUUCGGAAAUGCAUUGGUUGACGACCAGGACCGGGAACUAUGUUCCCAUGGUGUGGCUUCGUAGAGAGAAGAUUGUGACCGAGCGGGAGGUCAGAGAUGAGGUCUUGUUGCAUUGCCAUGGCAACGCGACGGAUAUUGGGAUGAUGAUGGGCCCGUACUACGAAUUGGCCAAAGUCUUGGGCAUUGAGGUUUGUGGUGUGGAGUAUGCGGGAUAUGGAGCAGCUUCGGGCAGGGCCAGCUCCGGGAACACCUACGCCGACGUGGAAGCUGCGUACGACUACCUCGUCUCCAAGGGCAUUGAACCCAAAAGGAUUGUUGCCUAUGGACAAAGCGUGGGAAGUGGCCCGGCAACUGCGUUGGCAUCAAAGAAACCAUUAGGCGGCGUGGUUCUGCAUUCGCCACUUCUUUCUGGAAUCAAGGUUGUGGACCCCAAACCGGACGUUUGUUGCCGACCGAGUUGCGUUUGGAGUUGCUUCGACUUCUACCCCAAUGACAGGCGGGUGAGACACCUGCUGUGCCCUUUAUUUGUGAUGCACGGGCAGCGGGAUGACAUCAUUCCGUUUUACCACGGCUAUCGCCUUCACAAGGCUUGCCCGAAGCAGUACCGGUGGCCGCCAUAUUUUCCACCUCGAGCAGGUCACAACGACUUGGUGGAGACCGACUUGCGGACCUACUUUGGCGAGGUUUCCUCCUUCCUUCAGGAUGUGAGACACAUUGCAGAAGGGAAGAAGGUUGAUCCACCAGAUUUCGAGAAGCCGCAGCAGGUGCAGAUGAGACGAGAAACGGAGCCUAGACAGGUCGAAAUGGCGGAUCUCUCCGACUAUUUUGCUCAAGGCUCCGAGAACCAGCCCAAAGUUGGACCCGAGGAUGGUCGAUACGAAGAGCUACGGAAGGGGAACAUCUUGGCGCAGUUCGGUCCCAACGAGGCGAAUGGCCAGGCUCGUGACUUGAGAUGA